AUGGACUGUGCACUGCUGCUGCUGUCCCUGUGGGCUCUGGCUGGAACGGUAUCCCUGCAGACUCCACGUAAGACCCCUGACUGCGCUCAUCUCACACGCACACACACACAUACACACACCUAAGGGAACACUGAGCCCUGAUUACAUGACAGACACAGCUAGAUUAUAAUUAUUAAGUGAGGCUGCAUGUAGAAAGAGGAAGUAUUUACCUGGACUUUACUCUGCAUGUGUUGUUGAAGGCUCGGAACUUUGCAACUUUGCUGUAGUACGGCUGAAUCUGUAUAAUUAAUGCUGGGCUUAUAUGCAUGAAUUUGCAUGAUUGUUGAGUACAACAGACUGAGUUAAAAAAAAAGAAAAAGAAAGAAGAAUCAUCGGUGUUCAACUGUUUUUAAAUUUGUUAUCCAUAAAGGGAUUGCAAAUUUCUCUAAUGUGUUGGAUUUGUUUUUACAUGCCAACAAUACUCGCUCUGUAUAUUUCUGUGAAUGUGUUUACUGUGAUCUCCUCUAAACUUCUGACUGAGUCCAACUCUGCCAUGAUACCUGUCUUGUAUGCAAUAUUUAUAUAGACUUUGAUCAUCUUAGCUGAUACAUGUAUGCUUUGUACACCAUGUCUCUGUGCUCUCCUGGCAUGAUCAUGUGUGCAUUAGCCUAGAACAUGUGUGUUUUUGGUCACAUGUGCUGUGGGCAGAGUGGAUAUAGUAGCACACAUGUUUUCAUUCUGAGAAAUGAAAAAUGGGGAACCCUGUCCGACGCCCCCUCUUCCUCCCCCCUGCUCUCCCCCUCAAAUGUUCUGAACAUGGAGGGUGUGUCGCUGCUGGUGUGCAAUGAAGUGAAGGAUUCAGGUUUUUUUAUUGCUUCAUUUGUGAUGGAUUACUUGUAGAGGAAGAAGGGAAAGGAGGAGGUGUGCACUGGGUAGUGGAUUAUACUCCUUAAGACUGGUCCUGUCUACUCCACCGAGACAUCAAACUAGUCACCAAAAAAAGUCAACAAGUCUCACUUUUCCAUAAAAACAGAAUGACAGAUGAAAGGCAACAAGUAAUCAAUCCUGCCAUCUAUGAAUUAGUCAUCUGGCAACCUUGGUGGCAAAUGUUUACCCGGCCACCCACACCGACUUUACUUCCCUCCAAACAGAAAACAAAGCAGAACUUACAAACAAAAUCUCAAUUACGGCCCUAAAAGGCUACUUUUACGAGGGGUUGUGAAUGGAGUUCAAGCAAACAAAAGGACAAUUACAGUGAUGGUGUGAUUGUGUGUCUGUGUUUGUGGGGUUAGGUGCCGACACAGGGUCGUGUGCUCCAAGACUCCUGGUAGAUGAGAGGAGGAAGUCGUGUCCUCGGCCAUGCAAGACUGAUAAAGACUGCGGGAACAAGCGACAGUGCCUUUGUGAUGGCCAGUGUGGGCUCAGCUGUGUGGCUCCAGGUAACUAUUUGUGUGCAUGCGUGCCCUCAGUACGUGCUCAGUCAUUAGAAGUGUUUGUGUGUGUAGCAGCUGUGCCAUCAUACAACUGUGUGUAUUUUACUCCGGAAAAUAACAUAAAAUCCUUGUUCCUGCUCAACAUCUGGGCUGAAAAUCCACCCUCUCUGAGAGCAGAACACAAGCUUUUUAUUAUGCAUUGUUAAAUAGGGCACUGCCAGGAUCCAGUCUGGUUAUACAACCUCAUUAGUGCCAUUUUAAAAGUGUUCAGUUUGGGUUAAUUGUUUUGUUUGUCUUGCAUAAGAAAAAAUCUAGUACACUCUUAAAUUGGAUUUGUUCCCUCUCUCUCGCCCUCUGUCAUGCUUUUACCCUCAGGUCGGACUUGUCCCUGGCCUCUGCCCCCUAGUGACAACUCAGAAGCUAGUCUCCUCCAUCCCACAAGCUCCUUCGAUGCCCUGCUCGAAGUACGCUGCAAGCCAGGGUUCACGCUUCCUAAUGGCCUUGAUGUAGCUAUGAGACGUUGCCAAGGUGACCGGCAGUGGAGCGGGGAUGUUCCUGUCUGCACAGGUACGUUUAAGUGCCACCAUCAAAUGUUAUCUGUUAUGAAAUGAACAUGCCACUUUUUUUUCAGAUUGAAUGUGCCUCAUUUACUGACUGCACCAGCCAAACAACAUGUGAACAGUUUACUUUGAGGUCAAAGAUCUGCUACAAAUGUUGACUUGAUUGUGAAACAUUAUGACAUGUUAAACAAGAGAGAGACAGAGACAGAGACAGAGAGAGGGAACAAUUUUCAGCAAUGAAGCCCCUCUGUGAUUGUGUUCACUGAGAUAUUGCACAACUGGGGCUUCUCAUAUCACCAUAGCAACCAGAGCUUCACUUCUGUUCUUACUGGCUGCUGUAAGAUUUCAUUGUUGAACUGUUGAUGAGUUUAAAAGAGGAGAGUGUGAAUAAAAUCAUGCUGAAACAUCUUUGAGCUAGUGCCACAGAAAAACAAUCUUUUCCUGACUAAUCUAAACAUGCACAGAGUAUGAGAACAGUCAGUAUUUUGCUAUUGUUAGUGGUUUGCAUUAUGAAGUCUCAUUGUAGACAAUAUUGCAUGAUAUUUUGAAGAACAGACAAAAUGAAAUUUAAAGCAUAACUAUGAAAAAUAAAUUGACUCAGGAUGAUUUAAGGGUGAACAUUGUGGCAAUCUAGAAAUAACACCGAAGCAUCAAGAUUCCCUGCUAUUUUUUUAAACUUAAUUCAUGUCGGGUUUGAUGUCAAGACAUGAACGAGCAGUUGCACUCAGCACUGCGACAGAAUACUAAAACUUUACAGCCGUCGAUACUCAUGCAAUAAAAUCUUUGUACUCUCUGUAGUCUAAACAUGGAACAAAGACAAGAUGGAUCUGGAAAGUGGCUCAUAAAAGAUGAAAUUUAUCAUGCUGCUGCAUCUGCAUAACUUCCUCUGCACAGCUGUGCUUGAAGCAAAGCUAUCAAUACUCCAAAAUAUCUUCACACAUCCCAUCAUCAUACCACACUUGGAAAUAUGCCUCUGCUCAUUGUUUGUGACAACUCAACAGCUCUGACAAAAAAGCCACACAAAGUCAGCUUUAAAGGUCGACCCCUGCUGCGUUAAUCACACACCUGCAGCUACAGAAAACAUGCUUUCUUAGGAAUCCUCAAACCCUGCUGGGUCCUGGUGUCAGCCAGAGAGAGUUUUUUUUUUUUUAAUCUUUUCUUAGAUGUGAAACAAGGAUACGGUUCUGGGCUCUAAAGUAGAGUUUCCUCCUGCUGUGAGACGGGCAGAAGGUAGGUGGGUUUUAAACGUGUGAGAGUGCUCGUAUUGUGCAUCCUUUUGCAUGUGUGUUAGAGUGUGAGUCGAGCUGCCUCAUGCCUGUUGAGAGGCAGUGGGCGGCAGAUCACUGUCAAAGUGGCACAUGGAGAUGUGUGCGCACAGUGUGAGUGCAUGUGUGUGUGUCUAUCAGAGAGGUAGAGUUUUCUCUGUAUACAUUAGAUGUGUAGGGGGAGGCUUGCAGAUGUGUUACAGUUUGUGUGUAUGUGUGUGUGUGUUUGUGUGUGUGUGUGUGUGUGUGUGUGGGCGACAGAUCCCAGUCAGAGGAGUCAGAGAGCUCUCUUUUGCUCAUGCUGCUGCAGGCCUUUCUGUUCCCUGCUCUCCUCUCUCAUCCUCUCUUCCUCUCAUCUUUUUCUUCUCUCAUCCUCUUCUAUCCGAGACCUCUGAUAAGGUCUCUCUAUUUACAAUGGGAGCCAAGGACAUGCAUGCAACUCAGGGCUAUGCAGAUUAUCAAGAUUUGUGAGCAUGCAUCUGCUCAUGAAAAAAAGAACAUACUCUAUUAAAACCACAGCCUUUUUUCAACCUUGAUCUUAAUAAGAUUUAAUAUAUUCAGGGCUGUGGUUCCUUCAAAAAACAUUUUUGCUUUGAAAAGAUGAAUUUUUCUCUACCGGUUUAAGAGCAGUUUGCUGCUGCAGCCUGUGUGGGUGGCAGCAGUACAAGGCAGAAGAAGGGCAAUAUAUGAAAACAGAAACUGGGCUCUGGGCUCUCAUCUGCAGCCAAACAGACUCGUAACUCUUCCUCUCCCAUAGGUGCCUUUACAUUCUUAUAUUAACGUUUCUCACCCUCAGAUACCUAAGACAGCCCUCAGGCGAGAGCUGUCUCUGCCUUUCAAAGCAGCGCACAGCUCCAAAACCUUGCGCUUGAUGGAGCUCAGGUCGCUACAGCCUCCCUCCAAGCACCACUCUUGAUAUUUAUAUUUCCAUGAGCGUGAGGUACUCAAAUGUCCAGGAACGAGCGCUGCAAGGUGUUAUACAACCACAGAUAUAGCUGUGAGCUUGGAGAAGUGUUUCACCUACUCAUCGAACUUUGAUUUCUUACCUAAGAAGGGCUAUUUCAUCUUAAAUAGAACAAGUCAUCAGGUGAAACGCCUCUGUGGGUCACAAACUAAACACAAACCUUGAAAACCUUGGUAAAUACAAGUCAAACGAGGUAGCAUAAUGGAUGUCCCCUUUCCUACUCAUCUCUUUUUCUCUCCUGCAGCACUUGUUUCAUCUUCCCACUUUACUUGCUGUUCUUUGUUUGUUAAUGGAGUUAUCUAAAACAUUAUAGCCACAAAUAUCUCUAUAACAGACUUAAACAAUCUCUUGUUUUUGUGCAGGUUAUUGUGAACAUAUUUUGGGGUGGUGUUUACUCCUCUGCUGUUUUAUUUCUCCCUAAAGAGAUUCACAUACUAAACAAAUCACUGACACAGCUGGACAGUAGCUAAUAAAGAAUUCAUUUUUUUUCUCAAUGAGAUGUAAUUAGACUGCACAUCUGACCUUUUAAAUGAAUCUCCAUGACACUUUAUAUGAACCCAGUCACAAGCACAUUAACAAAGCCUUAAAAAUGCAUCUGUAAAGCUUUGUGGCAACCCUUUGAAGUGGUUAUAAGUAUUUAAAACUGCUUAUAUAAAUGUAUUUUAAGUGUCAUAAGCAGUAGGCAAUAUGUCCUAUGAAGGUAUGGUUUAUCAUGAAAAAUAAUUCAAUGCAAAAGAAAACAUGAGGUAUGAGGUUAUUUACAGUUAUAUGUUCUUAUAUCACAUUUAUAAGAAGUACUUUGUGGCUGUAGGUAAAGUGACAUAUCUAUAAGCUGUUAUGAAUGCUUAUUAUCACUUAUAAGGGUUGUCAUAAAGCCUUAUUGAUGAAUCUAUCAGGCUUUGCAAAUGUGCUUAUAAUGCAUGAUAAAAGGUGGGUUCAUAUAAAGUGUUACAAACAUCUCCUUUGGUAAAAAUCAAGUAAAGAUGUAUUUAAAUGUAUUAAAACUGGGUUUUAAUUCCCUUUGCAAAACUUCAGGAUUUGGCUUUAGAACCUGAGGUUCACCUGUUGAAGUCUGAUUGUGUCCCAACUGUAGUCUGGUGAUUGGGACUGGUUUCUGGAGAGGCACUGGACCCCUAACUGCUCUGGGGUCUCAUUUGUGUGCAGCCUCUUCACUCUGUCUCUUAUUGCAUGUCCGUAAAAUCCUCAGAAUCCUGUUUUCGCAUGUUUGUGUGUUUCAGCCCAUGUGUGCCGCAUAUCCAGGAACAGAGUGUAAAAAUUUAAUUUCCUCUUGGGCAUAAAUGAAACAUGACUUUUUAUUUUUUUAAAAGCACACAAAAGACCUUUAGUAACCUUACUUUGAGUCCUUUUAUUUAGCACAUAGAGGCAAUUUGUGAUUAUUUAGUUAAUGGUUUUUGAGGCACAAGGUUUUAGUUGUCAGCAGAUUCAAGUGUAAAUAAGUCCCUGUGUGGCCUGUGUAUGACAGAUAUUGAUCAACCUUAUGAUAUAUGUACUGAAAGGAGUUCAUUUGAAGCUCUAAAUUAUGUAUUCUAAAGGCUUUGUUUCAUACAUGUAGAUCAGUACAGAAUUUAAAUGUGCUCAGGCAAAUUACAACGAUAUAAACUGUCUCCUCUGCUGUAGGAUUGUAAUAAAAGCAACUGAAGUCUCCUUUAACUGCUGGUUUGUUUUUUUUUCCGUUUCAUGUAAGAUCUUUCAUUGUCAGCGAAUAUUGCUACAUUAUUGUACUGACACUUUUGCUUGGAUUUAGUGCCUGACAAUAAAGUCUUUAACCUUCUGUUUUCUUAACUUUCAGCGUCACUCCAACCCACCACUUCCCAAAGCUGCCCUCUGCCUGAGGAAGUCACCAACACCUUCAGCAUCCACGGCAACGCCACAGUCGGAACAUCCAUCCGCUACAGCUGCCUGUCUGGGUGAGAAAGAGGGGGAGAAAAUGGGAGACUAAGGUUGUGUGUGCGUGGGCUGAAAAUGUGAGAAACCUGUAAUGAUGAUAAGGUAGAAAUGGAGGAAGUGAGAAGACGGGGAUGGAGUGUGAAGAAGAAGAGGGAGGGGGGAGGAGGGAGGGCUUGAUCAUAAGGAGAGGUGUUGGGGAAGGACGGAAGAUGAGCGACGAAUGGCCGGGAAUUCAUUUUGAUCUUCCAGCUGACGAUUCCUCUAUUGAGCUAACUAGGUCAUUACAGUCUAAUCUUGUGUUGACUCCCUUCUACACACUGACUCAUCCACAGGAAAGGAUGAGCCCAAGUGGAUGUGCCAGCCAAAACUGUGCACACACAAAAUGUAGACUCUCUGAGAGACAGAGUGGGAAAAGGAACCAUUUACACCUUUUUUUCAGCACUUUUAUUUAGAUGAGGCCCAUUAGGUGUCAAUAAUGUAAAUGUCACACCACCACCUGCCUCCAUCACUUGCCUCUUUCUCCUCUGCAGGGCGGAUAUAGUGGGGAGCAGUGAAAAUUUCUGCCAGGAUAAUCAGACCUGGCAGUACCCCCAUCCCAUCUGUAAAGGUCAGUGUGCUCUGGCUACAUGUGUGAGUGACUGACUGACUGACUGACUGACUGAGGGGGGCAUUUGUCUUCCUCUUAACCGCCACUCUUUCUGGGUUAGCAGGAGGAAAUGAAUGGUUCCUGAUGUGAGGCUGAAUGGACUAAUAGACCGCAUGACUGUUUUAUAGGCAUGUACUUUUAUGUGUUGUGUACUUGUGCCAAUAUGCAUAAAAGACUGAAUCAAAAAAGGAGGAAGAUAAGCACAUAAAAUCCUUCCAGCUGAAGUCCCCGAGUAAGACCUACCGCUCUGUUCCACAGUGCAUUUCUGUCAUCUUGUGGACAAACCUGGUAUUGCACAGUCUGGCAGCAGAUCUGUGAUCUUAGUUCUGAACAGGGAACAUUUUGGGGAAAAAAAGAAAAAAAAAUCUUUCCUUUUUUUGUUGUGUAAGUUUAAGUUAACAUAUGGAGGUUUCUUCCUACAUUAGAAUGGGGUGGUGUUUACAUCUCAACAGUGUUAAAUGUUGUAUAUAACACUUUUCUUUCUAAAGUUCAGCCCUCUUAAAGUCCAUCUGCUUAAACAGCAUGUUGAUCUUAAGCUUAAACAAAAGACAUUUUCUUGGUAAAUAAUUCAAAGGUUGUUUAAGAGCUGAUUUUUGGACCUUGGUCGCUGGUUGAACAGGACUGUCUUAAAGGAUGCUUUCUGCACCAUGCUAACAGGACUAUGACCCACCCUGGCUUUUGUUAAAGCAAAACCAAUACAAGUUAAGAUAAAGAAAAAACAGAAACACAGAGGGUCAGGCUUUUUAGGUAGCUUUCUUCUUAGAUUAGAUAAAUCCCCUGAACACUACACACUGACUUUCUGCUGUCUCGCUCUUUUAGAGGUUUACUGCCAGCCACCUCGUGAAGUGGAGCAGGGUUAUGUGGUGGCCGUCCAGAAGACUGAGUAUGAAGUGGGCUUUGACAUCCACUACCUCUGCAGGAGGAACUUCCUGUUGGAUGGACCCCAGAAGGUCACCUGUCUGCCCAAUGGCAGCUGGAGUGCAGCGCCCCCACACUGCAGAGGUACAAAAAUGUGUAAAUGGUUACACUAGAUGCAAGCUGAACACAAAGGCAAAGUUUUACUAAAGAUAGUUAUCAUAAAAAUAACUUAGCUUUCAUCAGAUUCUUAUGGAAGGAAACUUUCUUUGUAUGCAGAUAAACUGGUUUGCAUUAAUUUACAGAGUCAGACAUAAAUAAAUGCAUCAGCAGUGAGUUAAUGAUGCAGAUUUUAUACAGUCAUACCUUGUUGAUUGUCUCCCCCAGCUCGCUGUCUGAUCCCUGCUGAGAGGAGCCGUGUUGUGAUUGGUGGAGUGAAGCGCUGGCCGUUUGAUGUUACAGACGCCAUGGUUUCUCAUGGGGAAGACGUCACGUUCUAUUGCAAACAUCCUCGCAAGCAGUGCAGCUUCACUGCAACCAAGACCUGCUUUGAUGGAGAGCUGCAGCCACCAGCCUGCUACCUUGGUAAACCUGCACCACCUUUUCUUACCUGCAUUCAUGGUCACCCAUGAGAGAUGUGUGAGGUUGGAUUGAUUCAUUACUGGUGGUUGAUCUUGUCUUUCAGAGCCCACAUGGCUGCAGUACAAACUCUUCCCCCACCGGCUGGUCUCAGAGAUUGAAGCGUGCGAGCCCGGCGAUGUGGAGUGAUGACCUGCAUGUCUGACCUCAACCCUGCCAACCCUCAUGACACUGUCACAAUAAGAGCACCUUCACCUGACUCACACCAGCACCCAUCAUCUAGGGCAGGCAGUUUUCACCCUUUAGCUGUGCUUCUGUGAUCAGUACUAUGAUUAUGAUCUGUUAGACACUGAAAUAUUACUCACUUCUCUUCUGGAUCAGCGGGUUAAGCUGUCUGUCUUGAAUUGUGGGUUUCAUGGCCUCCGUCACCUUUCUCUGCAUGCAUCCUGCAUCACCAUUACACUUGAGGCGUAAUUAUACUCUGAAAAAGUAUUACUUAGAUUUUCCUCAAGCUUGAGCUCAUGCAUACUGUAGCUGCAACCCAUAGGCUUCCAUUAUGAUGUAUAUAUAAAGCAUUAUUACAUCAGUUAUGCCUGUGAUGAUACCUUAACGUAGCCUUACUCAUAAAGACUCUGUGAUAUCUCACUGUGUGACCUGUCUUUCCUCUGUUGAGCAUGACGCAUCAAGUCUUGAGGCUUGUAAGUGUUAUUGAUUUGAAAUAAAGUUAUGUGAAAACAGUCCGUGGCACACUUCUGGUCCAAGUAUGUGAGUUCUGGUCCACAUUUCUCUCUGCUUUCAGCGUCUGUCUUGCUCUGUCUCCCUGCUCUUUGACUGCCAGGCACACUGGGAGCCUUUCUUCGCAGGCUGCAGGUUCAAUCGUACUCAUAGGCUGAAAUGGCUACUGGUCGGACCCGGUAGGCUGCGACACCAUAGCAACUCCCCUUGACCCCUCCCUCCCUCGGCAUUCGCAGCAUCACCCUUUACACUGCACAGUCAUAUUUGGUCCUCCGGAAAUAUCCACAGCACGGGUAAGCCAGUCCCUUUGCCGCGAGAGUAUGGGUGGAGUAUAGUUCAAAAUACAGUUUUAAAUGUAUCGAAAGGGAGUCCGGCGCGUGCUCCGCCGGCUGUGACAGCACGGCGGGAAGAAAUGACAGCGCGCGGGGAAAGUUUGUCCUAAAAGCUGCCGGGCUGCGCUCGCGCUGUCUCGAACCCUCGGCUCUAAAAUGGCUGGCUGUAGGUCCGAGGAAGCUCAGGAAAGGAAAGGAUCUGCUCCACACCGAAAAUGUCUGUAAAUAUCCACGCUUCUAUACUCCGGCUAUCGACGUGAUGGCGCUGUCCCAGGUCCGAGAGCUGUCAAAGCGCACCCGCACUAUAAUAAAAAAUACAGGGAUUUCGGACCUAGGACUGUGCGUAAUGGCGUCCUCCACGGGCACUGCUCCUCGAUUUAUCCACAGAAAAAUAUUUGGAACAAGCUCGUCUCCGUGAACCAAACGGAAUAUAAACGUAAUUCCAGAGUGAAUGGAAAUGAAACGUUUUAUUGUUUGUGUUGCAUGUUGACGGUAGAAGUCAGGAGGGGGGGAAAUGUUUCGCUCACAUCUGCCAGACUCGGUGCAUUUUUGAGAGAGAAGCGACCCAUCUUGUCAGACAGUCGCUGAGACAGAAUUUGGAUCACACAAGGUAUCCAAAAUAAUUUUCUGGAGGGUUUGAUGAGGAGGAGGAAGAGCAGGAGAGGGUCAAAUGAGUCGCUCAUCAUGCCGCCGCAGGGAGUUGGGGGCUCAGUCUGCUUCUUAUUCAGACUGUCAGUGCUGUCACAGACUGUGUGACUUUUAGCUUUUGAACUAAACCUGACCCCAAUAAUCACAUUUAAGACAUUAACUUUGUACAAUCAAAUCCCAGUCUAGCUUAUUUACUAAACCAACCUAUUCCACCAUGAGAUUUGUAAUCUUGUUUAUCCACUCUGAGUCAUUAAUUCAUAUUUUUUUUUGCAUUUUGUAGAUAUAUAAAUGGGUAUGCCCCAAAAUGGAUUCUCAGCUGGCUUCAGUCCUGACCAGUGGCAGCCUGGAUGUCCAAAAUGGCAGCCAGUGUGCAGAGGGAUCAGGGCCAGUGACAGAGAUUUUUUUGGACUCAAAGGAAAAACCCUCACCCAGUGCUGUACCAGGUAACCUACAGCCGUGCCCUGUCACAGCAGCAGUGACCAUCAGGAGGAGAGAUGCUCCAUCAAUCAAUGGGAAAAAGCCAGAUGUGGGCGGGACUUGUGAGCCGGCCUUUCAGGAAACAAGAAGUGAGAUGGCUGGGUUGAAACAGCCAAUUAGAGUCAAGACUGGAGUGCCGGUGGUGCGCAGCCAACCAAUCACACUGAAAAUUGUUGUUCCCCCACGGUGCAAGAGGCCAAUCACAAACCCUGCCAUCAGCCCCACCAAAGACCUCACUCACUCACAUUUUAGAAGACCAGUUCCUGUGUCUGUUGAAGAAAAAAACAGAAAUAACAUCCAAAACUCUGCUCUUAAGAAUGAAAGAGAAAUCCCGGAAGUUGGCUAUCAAAGGACAGAGGAAGCUGAAACAGAAUCAUUCCUCAAGACUGAUGCAGAGAAAGAGAAACCUGUUUUUUGUACUAAAAUCAUCCAAAAUGUUGGGUUGGAGACUCCUGUCAUCCCCUGCCCUACGACAAUAAAGAUAGUGACCCAGAAAAGGAUUAAAGAGGAAACGGCCGAGCGGAAAGUUGAGAAUGUUCCUUUCAUUUUACAAGAAAUGGAUUUAAAGUCCUGCUUGACGUUUGAAAAGUUAGUAAUGGAUGAACAAACGGAGCCACUGGAUCUGAGCAUGCCCAAGAAAAGGGAAAAUCGAGAGAGGAGGUGUGGACGCUUCCUGGAUGAUUCGGGCUGUGAGAGCUCACUGAUCAUGGAGGUGGAUGAAUACGAGGGAGAAGGAGACAGAGAUAUAGUAGAAGAGGAUGAUGAGGGGAUAGACGAAAACUCUGUACUUUACAUGGAUGGGACACAUGCGCUCCAAGACUCCCUCCUGUCCCCGUCUUUCUUUUCUAACUCGGUGUUUAGCUCCCUCACCUCGGUGGACUGUGACACAGAAAACCUCCUUCUUAUAGACGACCAGGGAAUCCCGUAUACUCUCAGUCCAGACGGACUCAAAGUGCCGCAAGUUGAUGUUUCCACGUCAGAGGAUCCUCAGUCAGAUCAGACUAGUUCAGCAGAAGUAGAAGGAACAAACUCGUCACAAUUAGCAGAUCCCAGCAUCAGCCAAAGGUUCGAUAAUGCACUAAAUGCACCUUCUGAUGAUCUGUUCCCCUCACCAGCCUCUGGUACAGAUCCUCUAACUCCGUCUGUUGAUCAGACGGUGACAAAAAAAGAAGUCUUCACAAGGUCGAACCCUAACUCAGGCCCACCUGAAGUUAGUGUCCAGUCUGUUCAGGAGUCCAGUGCUGUUCUGUCAGCUUCCUCUGGGAUAUCACUCCCCACACAGCCCAUUCAGAUCCUCACUAACCCUUCUACCAACACUCCUAUUCUCCUCCUCUCAGCCCCCUCCUCCUCCACUCAGCUCUCUUCUGCGCCUGUGAGUCUCUCACUCCCCCUGUCAGUCACCCAGACCUCCCCUGGUACUUCUGCCCCAAUGUUCCUACUCCUUUCUUCUGUACCCACUGCUUCCUCUGCAGAUUCCGCCUCUACCUCCACUCCAAUCACCGUCCUUGACCCCACCACUGGUCAGUUGUCGCAGAUCACAGCAGCCACAGCCCCGACGGUUUCCCUGCCCUUGCCCUCUGGUCAGCUAGGAUCACCUCUGACUACGCUGUCUCACCCUGUCAUCAGACUGAGCCCCAAUAACCCUCCUGUCAUUCUUUCAGGGGUGAAUAAUGUCAACCCCGGCUCAGUUCUCACCUCUCUUACCAUGCAGUCGCCCUCUCCUGUUCCUCAAAACGACAUCCACAGCACAAAUGCACUUCUUCACUCUCAAAUCAGCUCUUCCGAGUCAAACCUAGGAAGCAAAGCCAUAUCUACUGAAGAAGUCUCAAAUGAAAACAAGAAGCCAUCAACUUCAGAAUCCUCUGCCACUUCAACCUUUGACCCCUUGGCUCAGCUCAGCUCAGAGGCCCAAUCACCUUCCUCAGAGCCCAGAUAUGACUCCUCAGACCUGCACUCACAACACUUACCUCUGGAUGACCAUCUUUAUUUCUCCAACGCUGCUGCUCCUCCCUCCCCUCCCAUUGGAUCCAUAUUCUCCUCUGGUAAUAUCGAGCCCCUCGACCCGCUGGAUCCCCUUUCUUCGGAGGAGUCACCCAACAGCAUGGGCGCCCGCAGGGUGCUGUACUGCCAGCUGUGCCCACGGGUCUUCUUUUACCUCUCCGACCUCGAGCGACACGCCAUCACUCACUCGCAGAAGAAACCUCACGUCUGUCAGCAGUGUGGGAAAGCCUUCAAACGCUCCAGCCAUUUGCAGGUAAGAGCUAGAUAAUGACAAAGAAUGAUUUCAUGGGCUCUAUAAGAAAAUAAUCAACCACAGAUGACACAAAUCUUGCAUUUUUCAUCAGCUUUAAGUCAAUACCUCAACAAAUUAUUGCUCAUUUACACAGAUGGCAGAUAUAGAGCAGUAUUAGCAUUUAUUAGGUAUUUUUGGCCACUCAAUGAAAAUGUUCUGUGCUCCUCUUUAACUCUGGCUUUGUUUACUCUUGAUUCCCAAGGGAGAUAUCUGCCUCCUUAGUUGCUAUAUACUCUGCUGUGUACACCAGCUUGUUGCUAAUUGUGUGUGUCUGAUGUUUGGUGUUGUGAGGGUACUGUAUCGCAGCUGUUUAGAGCUUUAUAGCUUUGAAACUGCUACCUGCUAGUGCCUGUUAUGACAAUAUUACAGCUGUAAAAGGUUGCCAAGACUUUAAAGAUGCUGGGGAUGCAGAGCUCAGUUUUGGUGAAUUUUAUAAAUUGUGUUAUUUGUCUGUAUUGAAAAAAAUCUAACAAUCAAGCACUCAGUUUUAUUCAUAUAUCACUGUCACUUCACAGUGCAUGAUAAACUGUCUUUUAACAACAGGCAGAAUCCUCAGGGAGAACCAGAUUAAUUGGUGGACAGCCAUCUACCGUCAAUGGUUAAUGAGACAGAAGCUGAGUGAAAGUCAGGCAGAUGACAGAUGUAUGUAUGGUGCAGUUAUGGUGCAGGUGGGCACACAGAGAAUUGCAUGGAUUUAGCUAACCCUAAAUUCAAUCCAUACUAGGUUCUAAAACAAUUAUGCUAACUACAAUAUGACGUUACAAACACUUGCCUGAAUGCAGAUCCUUUUCAUUAUAAAUGUCAUGUCACAGGUCAAGUUACAGGAGUUGACAGGUACAUUAGUAGAAAGGCAGAGCCUCUUUAUAUGCAUACAAACAGCUGACAGACACAACGGUAUCAGUAUCAAGUGCUUGAAUAUGAUCUACUAAGAAGCCUUUGAUUCAGUGGGCAUGAGUGUCACAAGGUUAGGCCCAAGCACACCUAGACUAGCACACAGCUACAGGGAUUACAGGCAUAUUGCAGCAGUGCAAAAAAGAGUAAAAUGUUUAUCUGUUUAGUGUAAAAUCUUUAUUCUUUCCCUUUCAGAGACACAAGCACAUCCACACAGGCCAGAGGAACUUUGUGUGCCCCAUCUGCUCCAAACGAUUCAGGGAGGCAGGUGAGCUGCAGCGCCACCAAAGGGUCCACACCGGAGAGAAACCGUACCAGUGCCAACUCUGCCACACUCGCUUUGCUGAGCGCAACACGUUACGCCGACAUACCAAACGCAAACACCCUUACCACCAAGUAGCCAUGGAGAUGCUGAAUGAAAGGAGGACGGGCAGCCGAGUAGAUGGCGGAGGAGGGGAAGGAUCUGGAAUGCAUGAGGAAGAGGAGUGUGCUGAAUGGUACAACUCCACUGUGUCUCAUCUGGAAAACUCUGAGUCUGAGGUGGAAAGCUAA